GCCCAGUCCGCCAUGGAUGCCCUCACGCGUGUCGACAAGCUCGAAUAUCUCGUGCUUGUGGACAACAGCAUCGAGCGGUUGUCCAAGCUCCCGCCCGGCUUCUCGCACGAGCUGCCAGCCCACCUCGCCCACGCGCACAAGGACGAGCUAACGGGGCUACCCAUCACCGCAUUCGAGGACUUCUGCUGCGGCGCCCAUGGACUGAGCAUUCUGAUCACGACCACCGUCGAAGGCCGCACGCACCAGGUGCUGUUCGACGCGGGCCCCGAGGGGCUCAGUAUCGACCGCAAUGUGCGGAGCAUGCGCACGGAUCUCACGGCGCUGGACGCGCUCGUGCUCUCGCAUUGGCACCGGGACCACUCGGGCGGGAUCCUGCGCGCGCUCGAGCUGCGCAACGAGCAGGCAGCGGCGGCGGGCAAAGCGCUCCCGCCCCUCAGCGUCGAUCUGCACCCGGACCGGCCGGAGCGCCGCGGCCUCGCCCCGGGGCCCAAGUACGUGCCGGUGACAAACUGGCUGCCGGACCCGACGUUCGCCGAGAUCAGCGAGCGCAAUGGGCGUGCGGAUCUGCAUGCCGAAGGGCACGAGAUCCGCGCCAGCGGGCCGUCGGGCGUGUUUGUGUCGGGCGAGAUUCCGCGCGUGCAUCCUUGGGAGAAGGGACUCAAGGGCGCCGUGACGUGGAUGGUGGAUAACGACGGGACGGGGGGGUGGUGCACGGACGAGAAGAUUGCCGACGAGCGGUACGUGGCCGUCGAUGUCAAGGGCAAGGGGCUGGUGAUUUUCUCGGCGUGCUCGCAUGCCGGGAUUUGCAACGUGGUCACCGAUGCCACGCGCCGCUUCGAGCGUCCCGUGCACCAGGUCGUGGGCGGGCUGCACCUCAUCCCCGUCGAAACGCAGCCCGUGGAGGAGACGGUUGAGUUCUUGGCUACCAAGGUCCACCCGCGCCCCGAGUGGAUCGUGCCUCUCCAUUGCACGGGCUUUGGGCCGCGCGCCGCGCUCGCGGAGGCAUUCGGCGAUCGGUGUGUCCCAAGCGGCGUGGGGAUCAAGGUCGUGGUGAUGGGCGAUGACAUGGCAGACGCAAAGAUGGACGACGAGGGUAUGCAGGGGAUCUAGGGUGCAGUUACGUGAGAAGCUGAGAAGGUUGGGUGUGAGGCAUGUAAGGAGCAAUGCGACACUGACU